AUGUCGACAAUAAGCUAUAAUAGCAAUAAUCAAGUCCCAUUCCAACAACCCAAUGCACCACCACCACUACAGCCGCGAGGUCGUCGUCGUGGUGGUGGUGUUUUAGGGGCCAAUGGCUAUCAAAACCGAAUUUUAGGGGCCAAUGGUUAUCAAAACCAAAUUUUAGGGGCCAAUGGUUAUCAAAACCAAAAUUUAUGGACCAAUACUUAUCAAAAUCCAAACCAAAAUUUACAGGCAAAUGGUUAUCAAAAUCAAAAUUUUGGAACUAAUGAUUAUCAAUGUCAAAACCGAAAUUUUAGAACUAAUGGUUAUAACUAUCCAAAUUAUUACGGAAAUUAUUCAAAUGGAAAUCCUUAUUUUCCAAAUUCGAAUGAUUAUUGUAUGAGAAAUCAACCAGAUAUGCCCCUACGACCAAGAUAUUAUCGUCAACAAAAUAUACAAAGAUCGAAUCGGAAUCAGAAUCAAAUAAGAGAAGGAGGAAGAAAUCGUCGUAAUCAACCUAGAAAUGGUUCGAAUCAACAACGGCGAAGUCGAUCUAGACAACCUCCUCGACAACAGCGACAACCACGCAGAAAUGGACCAAGGCAAAUUCAAUUAAAUGAUUUUAUGCCAGUUCAAUUGCGUAAUCGUUCAUCAUCUUUAGCGAAUUUACCUGAAGAAUUUCAGGCGUUUAACAGUACAACAAAUGCAAACAAUGUACCAGUUGAUGCUUUACCUCAACGAGCCAUAUUCGCAAGAACAACAACAACAGCAGAUUCAACGCAACCAUUCAAUAUUGCUGUUGCUGAUAAUGAUGAUGAAAUUCAAGAACAACCGAUUAUUAAUAAUGGACGAAAUCAGAAACGACAAACAUCAACAACAACAGCAUCAUUUAGACGACAGCAGCAACGUCGAAUUCGACAAGAGCAAUAUCGAAGAAACGGAAUUAAUACAAAUAAUCGAUUUGCUGUACUUGCCGAAGACAACAAUAAUAAUGACGGUGACGACUAUGAUGAUGAUGACAAGGUUGAAGAUAAUGUCGAUAAUGAUAUGCCAUUACGAUUCUUGAAAAAGAAGAAUAAUAAUAAUAGAAAAAGAAAAAAAGAACGAUUAUAUCUGAAACAUGAACGGAUCAUUAAAUGGAUACACGAAAAUGUUCCACAAAAAGAAAUUAUAGAUAACAGUGGUAAUUAUGCUUUUGUAUUGGCAUCUAUAAAUAUUUAUGAUGAAUGGAUCCGAGCUAAUUAUGAAGUACAAGUAUGGCAAAAUUAUUUCAAAAUGGCUACUGAAAAUAAACAUUGGGCCAAAGAAAUUAUACAACGAACAAAGCAACGUGAUGAAAUUGUGAAUAAUCGAUUUAUUAAAAAUAAGAUUAAUCAGUUGGCUUUGAUAAUGGCACAAUCUGGUGCGAGUAUUUCUGAUUUGAAGACACAAUUACGUACCUAUUGGUCGCAAGUACCAUCCUAUAAAGGAUCAAAAGCAGCAAUAGAUGCUUUGGCACAAGGUACUCCAACAACAACAACAUCUUCUACAACAGAAUCUACAACUUCAAAAAUAACUGCCACUUCAUUAGCUCCUGAUCGAGUUCGAGAUAAAGUCGACCAAGUCGAAAAAGUAAUAUAUAAAUAUUUAUACCAUUGUACUGAACAUGUCAAAAUGUCGAUUGAAAAUCGAAUUCGAUUGGCUAAAGCACAAUUAGAUGAAUUUAAAGCUUUAGAAGACUUUCAAUUGGCAUCCACACCAAAUCAUCGGAUUAUCCAUUUCGUAUUAAAAUCCAAAGUGAAAUUAUGGUCGACAAAAAACAAGAAUAGAACUACAAUAUUGAAACGCAUAGAACUUGACUUGCCUCCUAAAUGGAUCUCAAAAUGUGAUUAUAAUUUAAAAAUCGAUGCAUCCAUGGUUAGUCCACAGGAAGUACAAGAAUUCUACAAUCGAAUGAAAGAUUUAAAAAGAAAAAAUCGUAUAGAAGCAAUGACAAUAUAUCAAGACAUAGCUACUCGUGAAUAUGAAUUAAUAAACAAUGAAAUAAAUGAUAUUAUUAUUAACCUGUCAAAGCAGACUGAUGAAGAUGAAGCUAGUAGUGCUGCACUUAUUCAUUAUCACAAGCUACGUGAAAAAAGAUUAAAUUUAGAAGCUGAACAAUCGGUCCCAGCCAUAAUCAAUGAAGCAAACAUACAAUUAACCGAGGAAUACCAUCAACUGCUUAAAUUAGGUCCUCGGUUCAUCUACAACGAUCCAAAAACGGCAUCUCGACGACGUACUACAGAAUUGGCUACUCUUAAAAGAAAAAUAGAAAGACAAUUCUACGAUAAAAAAGUAAGCCCUGGUCGUCCAGUCGAACAAUUCAUUGCCGCAUUGGAUAAAUUGCUUCUUAAAUUACACGGUUCGUCUCCUUCAAAUGAAAAACAACAAACUACUUCCAACAACAAUAAUAAUUCAGUUUCAACGACAACUGAUAAUCCUCCAAGUCAACCAAGCCAGUUACAUAUACACAAUGGUACAGUUACAAUGAUGAAGAAAAACAAAAGAAAAAACUACGGUCGAUUAGUUAAACGAUUAAAAUACAAGUUUAAAUUGGCCAAUGUAGUUCUUCGUAAGUCUGAUAAAUCCAAAGUAUUUCACUUAGGUAAACUUGAAGAGUAUAAUAAAAAGUCAAAUGAAUACAUGGAUAAAACCAAAGCAUAUAAAUGUCUUGGUACACAAGAUCCACUUGCAGAUUUAAUUCAAAGAACCAACAAAUAUUUAUUAGAUCUAAGAUUAAUCAAGUGGAUAACUCAAAAACAAUAUGAGCAAUUGAGCAUCAAACCAAAUGAGGUUGAACUAGCUCAUUUAUAUUACUUACCGAAAGCUCAUAAAGCUGGUACUCCUCUUCGACCUAUUGUAUCUGGACUAAAACAUCCAACAAUUAAAAUUUCAAAAUUUCUUGAUCAAUUACUUCGACCUUUGUUCGAUCAAAUGGCUUCAAAGACAACGGUUACUUCCGGCUUUGAAUUAAGUAAAUAUGUACAAGAAUGGUCUGAAAUUAAUCUACGUCAAGAUACAUUAUUUUGUACUAUUGAUGUUACUGAUUUGUAUACAAUGGUGCCACAAGUUGAAGGAGUAUUAUCAUUGAAGAAAAUGAUGGAUUAUUUACAAUUGAAACAAAUUGAUGGUCUUAAAAUUGAAACAAUUAUUCGUUUAAGCCGAUUUGUUAUGAAAAAUAAUUAUUUCUCAUAUGAUGGUCAAUNAUUGAAACAAAUUGGUGGUCUUAAAAUUGAAACAAUUAUUCGUUUAAGCCGAUUUGUUAUGAAAAAUAAUUAUUUCUCAUAUGAUGGUCAAUAUUAUCAUCAAAUACGAGGUGGAGCAAUGGGUUCUCCUCUCACUCUCACUAUGGCUAAUUGUUACAUGUUCUUUUAUGAACGUGACAUAGUAAAACAAGUGAAUAAUAGUGGUGGAUUAUAUUUCCGAUAUAUUGAUGAUAUAUUUAUUACAAUUAAUUGGCCAGCUCGACAUUUGUUUAAACAAAUCCAUCGAUGGAAUCAUUUUGAUGAAAAUAUUAAAUUAUCAGAAAAUAUAGGUUCAAAUGUUGAUUUUCUAGAUUUACACAUUGAAAAUCAAGAUGGUAAAUUAUUUACAACAGUUUAUCAAAAACCAUCCUAUGAACCUUAUUACUUACCAUUCAAUAGUAUCCAUCCAUUACAUAUGAAGAAAAAUAUAGUAUUUACUAUGUUACUUCGUGCUAUUAGAUAUUGCUCAACAUUUCAAGCAUAUUUAAAUGAACGUGAAAAAAUACGAAUGGCAUUACUAAUGAAUAAAUAUCCAAACAAAUUUAUUGAUGAACAAUACAAUGGUAUAUUACUAAAAUUGAACAUUGAUCGACCAUUGACGUUUAACAACUAUGAAAAUUACCGUGAAAAAGUUAUUAAUUCACUGGUAAAACAAGAAAAAAUGCCAAUUGAUUAUGGAAAGAAAAUGUUUGUUCAUUUUACUUAUUGUUCAAGUAUGAAAACAUUUCCUUCAAAAUUUCAUGCUCUUUGGAAUGAAUACUUUGGUCAAUCUCCAAUCAAUGAAAUUAUACCUGUUCUUGGUACACGAAACGUCAAAAAUUUACAACGACGCUUGACACAUACAAGAUCAAUAGACAUUGAUAAUUAG